CACUAUCUUUACCGUAUGAUACUUCCAACAGUUGUUCAGGAGAGACUCGGAAUACUUGUUUUCGACCGGGGGAAUUGGCCUCUUUGGAUGGAAAACCAUUUAAGUAAUCACCAGUCGCCCUGAAAGUUGCAAUGUGGCCAUCCUCAUUAUCGGAGAUUAUUCGAGUGUUCGGUACCUUAUUAUAUUAUCGACAUGCUCUCCGCAUCUGAUCUGAGAGAAAGACUCAUCGGUGCAUGGUCUCUAGUGGACAUCGAUUUUAGAAUAGAGAAUGCCACCAAUGAUUUGGUCUCUUAUUCUGAUGAUACAGGCACACGAGGCAUUUUGCUGUACACGCCAGAUGGCUAUAUGUCGGUUCAAAUAUCACAAUCCAGCGCCCCCAGAUCUGCUAUUGCAGUCCCUGGCAGUGUUUCAGAAGAAGCAGAGGUGAGGACAUUUAUUAGGGGAUUUAUUGCAUACUCUGGUCGGUUUGAUAUCAAGGAGCAUAAGGGAAGACUGCAUUUAAUGCAUUUUGUUGAGCUUUGUAACUUUCCAAAUGGGCAAGGAGAUGUCCAGGAGCGAACUGCCGACCUUGAGGGGGACUUUCUGCAACUUAGCACAGACACGGCCAUAUCUGGAAUGGCAGAGUUCCAGUCUGCAACCUUACGGUGGAAGAGAAUCGACAUCGGGGUAUAAAUGGGUGGCGAUGUGAUGAUAAAACAUAGUAUCGACCUCUGCAGUUUCAACUGCGGAAGUCAAAUCACCAUUCUACGUAUCUAGAUCAUAAAAUAAUGGCUUCAAACAACGUUGAAGUCAGGUAUUAUAAACGAAGCACUGCGUCCAGAAUGCUCGAAAUUAAAGAUAAGCUGCCCUGAUGUCAAUAUCAGACUACGCAAGGACGAGGUGAAUUGAGUGAAUGGGUAUGAAAUAAAUCAUCAAUUGAUCACGGCCUCCAGUAUUAUAUGCUACGAUAGGAAUUAUUCGUCAAAAAUAUAGGCAGGUUUUGAACCUAGAC